AGGAUGAGGAUGGAGGGCAGGGAGGAGAUGCAGGGCGCCGUGGGGCUACGCUGCACCUGGGACAUCCCACCACCCGCUGGUACCCAGGCCAAGUGGGUGAGGCUCAAUGUGGGGGGCACCGUCUUCCUCACCACCAGACAGACCCUGUGUCGGGAGCAGAAAUCUUUCCUGUGUCGCUUGUGCCAGGGCGAGGAGCUGCAGUCGGACCGGGAUGAAACUGGUGCAUACCUAAUAGAUCGGGACCCCACUUACUUUGGACCGAUUCUAAAUUUCCUCCGUCAUGGAAAGCUGGUCCUGGAUAAAGAUAUGGCUGAAGAGGGGAUCCUUGAAGAAGCUGAGUUCUAUAACAUUGGUCCUUUGAUCCGAAUAAUCAAAGAUCGAAUGGAAGAGAAGGACUACACAGUAACACAGGUGCCUCCUAAGCAUGUCUACCGUGUGCUGCAGUGCCAGGAAGAGGAGCUCACUCAGAUGGUUUCCACUAUGUCAGAUGGAUGGCGCUUUGAGCAGCUUGUGAACAUUGGCUCAUCCUAUAAUUAUGGGAAUGAGGAUCAGACAGAAUUCCUAUGUGUGGUCUCCAAGGAGUUGUACAACUCCCCCAAUGGCCUGAGCUCUGAGCCCAGCCACAAAGCCAAGAACACAGAGGAGGACCUGGAGGAGGAAGAGCAGGAGGUGGAGGAGGAGGCAGAGGCAGAAGCAGAAGCAGAGGAGAAAGGUGCAGCAAAUCCCUGAGGAAAAUGAUAAAAAUAACCCCCCAGGCAUAGACUCGUCCACCUUUCUGCUGUUACAAGCCAGAGAUCUGAGGAUGUGAUCUGAACACUCCACUCCAGCCUUUUCAUUUCUCGUUUAAAUCUUUAUUUUUGUACUGCAGUGUAUGGUAGCCCACAAUGACGCCCCCAGCCCCCUUCACUCUCCACAUGCAGCCAUUUUUUUUUUACAAACUCACCUCGGAGGCCUGAGCUUCCAGCCCUGGAGGAGGGCAGAUGUUCUAUGGAGCCCCUGAGCUGCUGUAGGAGCAGGAGCCCACGGCCCCCUCCUAUGCCUGGCAGUCUGGCUUUCUGUAAUGUCACAGUGGCCCCUGGUGGGGACAUAAGCGAUCAGCCACUGCAGCCUGCGGUCCCUUCCUGAGUACCCUGGAUGCAAAUGAGGACCGAGGUGGUGGUAGCUGUGGAAGGACCAGCCCUUGCCCUUUCACUGUUGCAGGCAACUGGUGUGGGCUUGUGGCCUGGGGACAAAUGCAGAGCCACUGUCCUUUUCUGGGCCACCGGUAUUGCUCAGAGGUGUCCCUGUGCUGGGUAUCACAUUCCUUGGUGCCUCCCUCCCUAUCCCCCAAAGCAGCUCUGUGCCAGCAGUGUGAGAAGGAGAAUGGUGUGCUGCCUGGGUACCAGGAACAUGCUGGUACCUGAUGUUAUGUCAGGCAGCACUGAGCAGAUCCCAGUUUUGGGGAGCGGGGUGUUUGCUUCACUGCUGUGUCUGAAGAAUCCUGAAUAAAAUUCACAGUCUGUUCCUC